AUGGCCAAACAGUUGCUCACAUUCGCCUCAGGCCUGCUGCUGCUGCUGCUCCUGUCGCCCACCUGGGCCGGCAUCAUUGCCCAGCCUUCCCUCAGCCACUACGGCGAUGAGCACGCGGUGGCCCACACCCAGCAGAAUGUGGUGCGCAGCUUCGAUGGCACCGUCUCGCACUAUGCCAAGUCCGUGGCCACACCCUACGCCCAGGUGCACAAGCAGGACACGAGGAUCAGCAACAAUGUGUAUCAGCCGGCCAUUGCCAAGACUGUGACGUACCACCAGGCCGAGCCAGCGGCAGCGGCGGUCUACAAUCAUCACGCACACCCGGAGCCACAGCUGUUCACACAGGCAGCACCUCAGGCGGCAGUUUACUCAGCUCCACAGGCUGCACUCUACCAUCAGGCUGCUCCUCAGGCCUCUGUUUACCAUCAGUCAGCUACUCCUGUGGUCAGCCAUCAGCCCGCUGUCAUCCACUACUCGCCAGCGGAGUCCGUUUCCCACAUGAGCUUCGAUGGCUUUGGCACACAUUGGGGAUUCUAAGGGCA